AUGUCUGGGCAACGCUCCUGGCGCGUGCGUCGCAGCGUGGGACACGUAGGCUAUCCGAAGGAAGAGGUGGCCCAGAAAGUCGAGCGAUUCAGCGGACCCUACAAGUUCUUGUCCAACUUUUUCUGGUCUGAGCUCAACUUUGAGGGUUUGAAAUAUCCAUCAGUGGAACAUGCAUUUCAAGCCGCGAAGUUGCGUGAGAACCAGCAGCGCAACUCCUAUGGCUUCACAGAUUCGGGCUUGAGCUUUGGAGAUGCCAAGCGCUUGGGACGACAAGUGCCCUUGAGGGAUGACUGGAAGGACAUCCGCGAAGAUGUCAUGGCGCGAUGUUUGUGGGCCAAGUUUCAGGACCCACAGCUGCGAGAGAAGUUGCUGAGGACUGGAGAGUCUGAACUGGUGGAUGGGCAUUCGGGCAGUCCGGAUCUCAUUUGGGGCUACCACAUCCCAUCACAGAAAGGCGAAAACCGCCUGGGGAUUCUUCUGAUGGACCUGAGGGCACAACUCAAAGACAAAGUGCAGCACUUCCAGGUGCAACAGGUGCAGCUUCAGCCAGCUGAACACACAGUUGCCUUGUUUCAUUUGGACUGGCCUGUGAAGUGCCUUCAUGAUGGCUUGCCGUCAGCCUAUGCCACACGACUGCAAGACUUGGCGGCGGCUGUCCAGUUGGCUGGCUGCUGCGUGGUGCUUCCCCGGCGAAAGAUUUGCAUCGCACUGCAGGGCCAGAAUUCUGGGAUAGAUGCAUGGGAGCACCGAAUGCGAAGCGAAAAUGUGGAUGUAAACAGCCGAGGCCGGCCCUGUCGGGAAAGGAUGCUGAUGGAACUGCUUCGGCAGAAACAAGCCGGCUGCAUUAGCUGCAUGCAGCAGUUCACUCAUCAAGAGGUGAAAGACUGGCCUUCAUUGCUUCAAUCCCUUUCUUCAGCCUUGGGCUUGCCUAGCUCCAAAAUCUCUAGUGCUUUGGGCCCAGAAGUCCCAGAGCUCCCUCAAAAAGUUCAAUAUCUGGAGGGCCGCUCCGCCGUGCUGUUGGACGGCCAGCGGCAUGCGCUAUGUUUGAACGAGAGCGUGGCCACCGAGAUCUCGCAGGCCUUGCUGGGCCCGGUUGAAAUACAAACGCCCCUGGGGCCGGGAAUAGAGAUCCGGCUAGGAUCCUCCAAGAAGCCUAGCAUCUUCGGCGGGAAAUUUGCUCGAGAACUUCCAGGACUGCUCAGUGAGAGCGAGUGCCAACAGCUCAUUGACCUUUCUGAGAAGGAGGGCUAUGGUCUUGCAGGCUCCAGGGGUUUCAACCCCAUGGCCCGCUACGCUCAUCGCUGCCUCCUGGAUGCGCCGCGGAUCGCUCAGGCGCUGACGCGACGAAUGGCCACGCUGCUUCCGGCGGAGUAUCCAGUGGGAUCGAAGCAACAGCUGUUGGGCGUGAACCAACGACUGCGUUUCUUGAAGUAUCUCCCAGGAAUGCAUCAUGCAGAUCACACCGACUGUGCGCAUGAAGAUGAGAAUGGCAAGAGUUUUUUGACAGUGCAGCUGUACCUAAACUCAUCUUUUGGAGGUGGCCAAACUACCUUCAUCUCGGAUCAGUUGGUGCCAAUCGAGCCCAUAGCAGGAAAGGCCAUUGUGUUUGAUCACGAGUUGUACCAUCGUGGGGGGAUGGUCACGUCUGGAGUGAAGUACGCGCUUCGAAUGGACGUGUCCUACAAGGCGAAGCUGGCUGGAGAGGCGGUGGCACGGAAAAGCAGAUGGGCGCGCAAGUGA